AUUACAUUUAGGAUCGAAUUUUCUGGUAUUUUCCCCAUAUUCUAAAACCCUAAAUUUAGAUUACUACUCAUGAAGCACAAAGCACUAACAAUUUCUUACAACUGAUUUUAGUUUCUCCCUGCAGACAGCAUCAUCUUUCGGGCAAAUCAACUCCCAUGAAACAACACCGUAGAUUGCUCCCUCCUAUUAACAAAAUCAUCUAAUUUAACAACCAUCCAUAUUCCAUAAUUCAAACAGCCCCACCAGGAAUCAGUUCUCCACCCGUAUAUGAUUAUGCUACGCUUGUCUCGCGUAAUGUUAUUUAGGUUCUGAAGAGUACCCGGGAAUUUUCCCCAGAUUAACAUCAUGGAAGAUCACCAGAUUCGAUCUUUACAGCAAUUCUUCUUCAUUGUUCUCUUCCUUAUCUUUUUCUUUGCGCUCAUCUCCUUAUUUUACGUAAUGUAUAAAUGUAUCUGGAACAACGGCCAUCGCCUCUUUGGUGGUAACAGGAAUAGUUCCUCCAAUGAUGAACUGGAGGGUCACAGAAACACGACUGAUGGUCAGAACGAUUCUAACAGGAACCCUACGAGGAUACAAAACAGGAGUGAUAAUCCUGUUAGAGGGAACAUCAAUCUAAAUCAAGGGUCCGGCAGUAGAGAGCGGUUUGCAAUACGGACGGAGUUGGCAGCUGUCCUCGUGCACGUCCAGCAGCAGCUGGAGAGGCAGCGGAACGAGAGGACAAUAACAAUAGGGGAACUUGCUCAACCAAUGAGUUACCGGAGUUAUGAGAGAACGGUGAACUCAACUGAAUGUGCUAUUUGCCUGGAGGAGUUUUCCGGGGACGAUGAGUGUAGGGUUCUGCCUAUUUGUAAACAUAUAUAUCAUAUGGGGUGCAUCGAUAGGUGGCUGAUGGAUGAACUGACCUGCCCAAUCUGCCGGACCAAUGUUACAGAACAUGCAUGAUGCAUGGAUGCAUUAGGAAGUUUUUUUUUUUUUUUGAAUUUUGUAAAUAUUCAUGUCAUCCAAGAAUUUUUAGAAUCCUAGAUUUUUUUUUUC